UAAUACAAGUUAAAAUUUUCAGUUGCAGGACUAGGUUAACCCAGUUUCUUGCCAAAAUGACAGAAGACAUUUGUCAGACCUCAGAGAAAACCAAAUAACUUUCAAGUUUUAAAGAGCAAAGCAUUUAGACCCUGAUAUGUCAGCAGGAUGGUUGAUUGCGGUUGCAGCAAUGUGGGGGGCCACAAAUCCCUUCAUCAAGCAGGGAAGCAGUGGCAUUGAAAAUGUGAAAGAAAAUGGCAAAGUGCGACAAUUCCUGAUGGAGCUCAAAUUUCUCAUAUUCAACUGGAAGUAUCUUGUACCAUUCCUGAUAAAUCAAGGUGGUUCUGUGCUGUACUACAUUACACUAGCCUCAGCUGAACUCUCCCUUGCUGUGCCAAUAACCAACUCCCUUACCUUUCUAUUUACCAUCAUAUCUGGCCGGUUUCUAGGAGAUAAAAUUCAUCACUGGGAAACCUAUGUAGGGAUGCUACUGGUUUUGGCUGGAGUUGCACUGUGUGUUUCCGACAAAAUGUGACAAAAACUCGACAAGUUCAUUGACUGUGAUACUACAAACUCAAAGAUUAUAAGUUAUGCAGCGUCAUAAAAUAUGAUAAUGUUUUAUUGUUUACAUAUUACUGGUUUUGUUAGCAUGAUUACUGGUAGUUAAUAAAACAUAUCAAAAUUAUAAAAAAAACAGUCUUUUAUGUUAAGAUUUCCAAUAAAAUAUAUAUGUACGAGUACCUUUCUAACACAUGACAUACAUGCUUGCUCUCUCUCAGUGAGUCUCUGGCAGAAGAGAUGUGUUUAUAUUCUUAACCUUUUAUAGUGGUUAAAACAGGCCCAAUUCAUGUGAAUUUAAUAAUUGUCUACCAUGAUUAUUUUUUUCUCAUGAUGUGUCCUAUUAGCAUUAUUAUAUGAAUAUUUAAUUUUUUUCUGUUCAUUCAUUAAAUUUUUUAAUUCUUUGU